AUGUCUCAGGGAAGAGGCAGUGCAUUAUCUUUGAUUUUGGUCACUGUGAUUUCACUACUGUGCCUGUUGGUUCUUGUGGAACGUGUUAAUGCAGCAACUUACGCAGUUGGAGGACCUGGCGGAUGGACCUUCAACACUGAUACUUGGCCCAAUGGAAAAAAGUUCAAAGCUGGAGAUGUGUUAAUCUUCAACUAUGACUCAAAGAACCACAAUGUGGUUGCCGUGGACAAAAAUGGAUACAGCAGCUGCAAGACACCAGGGGGUGCAAAAGUGUUCAGUUCAGGGAAGGAUCAAAUCAGGCUAGCAAGAGGACAGAACUACUUCAUAUGCAACUAUCCUGGUCACUGUGAAUCUGGGAUGAAGGUUUCCAUUAAUGCAGUGUGA